UGUAGACACUGUGAAGGAGUUUUGGGAGGAGAGGAGAGCUGAGGCAAUAAAUCGGCUAUAAGACAGAGAUGUGGUAAUAGUAGCGGAUGGAAGAAUGGACAGUCCUGGACAUUGCGCCCAGUACUGUACAUACACUGCCAUGGAGAACGAAUCCAGGGAAAUCAUCUCUGUCAUCACUGUGGACAAAAGGGAGACUGGGCGAAAUUCUGUGAUCAUGGAGAGAGAGGCAUUUGUGCGGACAGUCGACACUCUUUUGAAUGAAGUGAAACUAGUAGAGGUCUGCACUGAUGCCCAUGUCCAGAUCUCCGCACUAAUGAACAAAGGAAAGUACAAAGACCUUGGGCUGCAGCACAGCUUGGAUAUGUGGCAUGGGGCCAAGAAUUUGGCAAAAAGGAUCCAUGCUGCUUCACAGGUCAAGGGUCAGUCCAGUUUGAGCAGUUGGCUAAAAGACAUUGUCAACCACUUUUGGUGGUGCUGCAAAACAGCAGAUUCUUACCAAGAGUUCCUUACAUCCAAGACGUAUGGCUACAUCCCAGAACUGCAAGCUAUGAUCCUUCAAAAGAGAUUAGCUGGUAAGGGGAUGCCCAGACGGAGGACACUACGACCUGAUGACCCCAGAAGGUACGGCCCACUUCCCCCUGUGCCGGCACCAACCAUUGAGGAACUCCUGCACACCCAAGUCAGGAGAGGUCUUGUGUCAACAUUCCAGACUAAAGACCUGUGAAGCCCAGUUUCCAGAGCCUCACAACCCUGACCAUCUUCAUGGCCAUGUAAACUUUUGUGUCACAAGCUGCUUAUCAACAAUUUCAGACUAAAAGUUUAAACAGUACAGAGCAGCUGAGUCUAGUUUUCUAUUUAUACUGUGUAACAUUUAUCAUUAUACCAUUUUAUAUACUGUUUCUCUACAUUGUAAAAAGCAUAGUAUUGUUAUUAUAAAUAAACUUUUUUUAUUGAAAAAA